AUGGAGAAGCCAAAUGAAAUCCACAACUACUCCAAGGAAGAUGUUGAGAAUCAAGAAAUCGAUAGUUCCCGGAAGCUGCCUUCGUUGUACGAAGAGAACGAUUCGAAAAAUAAAUCUGGUCGGAUUUCGUUUUCUGCAGAAUACGAUCAGGUAGAACAUGAAUUACUAAAAAGUUUCCAUCAGUUAGAUGCCUUGUUUCAAGAUACCAUACCACUGUUUGGUUCAUACAAGCAUAAGACGCAGGAGCGUGUAGAUGAUAUUGAAUCUCAAUAUUCCGAGCUUAUCAAACCACGAGCGCGAAGUCAUGACCAUGUGGCUAGUUUUGACGAGAGUGUCCGGAAGUUAUCAACAUAUGAGCUCAUUCGGCUAGGUGGAGAACGCUUCAUACAAUCGCGUUCCAAGACAGAUUUGUCGUUAUCGACCCACACGUACGCGGAUUCAUUCUUGGGCCUUUCUGAUCAAGAACUCAAAGAUGUUCAACUCAUUGAAAAUCUUCUACUUUCCUCUGAGAAGGUAGCCCAACAAGAGUUUGAAAGAGCAAAUAACCUUCUCGACUGGUGCGAUGCGUCAUCUUCCAGCACGGGAAACCCGAUUCAAAGAGUCGUAUAUUAUUUUUUGAAAGCUUUACGAGAGAAGAUCGAUAAGAAAAGCCGGACCGGUCCGGGUAAUAAACAUGAUUAUGACAUGGAAGGGAAAAUACUGAGCGCUAGUUCGACUAUAGUUUCGAUUUAUCAAAAGUUACCGUUUUAUCAAGCGGGUCAUUUUUCGGGUGUGCAAGCUUUGGUGGAUCGUGUAUCCGGGUCGAGAAGAGUGCACGUAAUCGAUCUCGCGAUACGACAAGGCAUACAAAUUAUGAUUUUAAUGCAAGCUCUUUCAUCUCAACCUGAUUUUUCUAUCAAGCAUCUAAAAAUAAGUGCGGUUGGGACCCGUCACGAACAACAAAUCAAGCAAACUGGUGAUCGGUUGAAGAGUUUUGCGGAAUCUAUAAAAUUAUCCUUUUCUUUUAAUAUAGUCAUAGUUGAAGAUAUACUAGAUUUUAACAAAGAUCUGCUUCAAAUAGAUGCAAGAGAAGCUUUAGGUGUUUAUUCAGCGUACGGCUUAUGGAGCAUGAUUGCGCAACCGGACCGCUUAGAAUCAUUAAUGAAAGUUAUAAAGAGUAUUAAUCCUCGUGUUAUGGUGACGUGUGAAGUUGCAGCGAAUCUUAACUCGCCCAACUUUGUGAACCGUUUGAUCGAAGCUUUGUUUUACCACGGGGCGGUGUUUGAUUCUUUAGAAGAUUGUAUGGAUCGUGAAGAUGAAAACCGCAGUAUUAUGGAAUCUAUAUAUCUAGGUGAAGCGAUAAGGUGCAUUGUGGCAUCCGAUGGAGCAGAAAGAGCAAUUAGACAUGUGAAUAUCGAUGUUUGGAGGAAGUUUUUUGCGCGAUUUGGGAUGAAGGAGAUUGAAUUAACUAUGUCAACUUUAUAUCAAGCAAAGUUGAUGAUGGGAAAAUUUUCUUGUGGGAGUUCUUGUACGUUUGAUAUGGAUGGUAAAUCCGUCAUCAUCGGGUGGAAAGGAACACCGAUCAAGUGUCUUUCGGCUUGGGAAUUCUCAUGA